ACGCCUCUCCCAGUGACCAGUCUCGACACGAAAACUCAUCAGCCGAGCUUCUUCCACGGGGUUCUCCCACAAGAACCACUUCGUUCAUCCAGCAUCUCGCUACAUUCGAAACAGGACGGUCCAGUUCGGAUUGAAAUUCGAGUCGAUUCGAGAGAUUCGAGAGUCAAAUUGGUCCUCGCCCAAGGCCGUAGCAGGUCUUGCCAAUCGCAAUGGUGCCACAGUCGCUGAUUCUCUCGUUACUCGUGCUGUUCCUCGCUGCACACGGAUCGCACGCUCAGAAGCAGCAGCAGGAGGACCCGUGUCAAACGAAAUCCAGAGUGGUUGGCGACAUAGAGUACUGCGAUCGCUACUGGGAGUGCGUUAACGGGCGUCCAGAGUUGUUCGACUGCCCGAACGGUCUUGUUUUCGCUGGGAAGCAUCGUGGCGUGACCGAGGGCUGCGACUAUCCCUGGAGAGCGAACUACUGCGACGGGAAACGCCAGGCGAAUCCACCGAUUCCAGCUGAGCACUGCGACUGGCUUUAUGGCAUUUUCGGCCACGAGACGUCCUGCACUCGGUACUGGACCUGCUGGAACGGCACGGCCACGGAACAACUGUGCAUCGGUGGUCUUUUGUACAACGAAAGGGCCAGAUCCUGCGACUGGCCAGAAAACGUCGAAGGCUGUCAAAAGCAUCGUGAGUAAAUUCUAGAGACGUUACGAAUUAUGCUA